AAACUCUUAUAUGAAAAAUAAGCGACAGAAAUGAGUGAAAAAUACGUAAAUGAAGUGACAAUGAGAGUGUCCUUUUUUUCUCACCUAUUUGUCUCCAUGGUGAAAAACAACGGCUGUUACCAUGCUUUUCCUAGUCACAUUACAGAAGUACAGGGUAAGGAAAAUGAGGAAGAUGUAGGCGGGUUUUUACACCCUAUUACAUAAGCAGUUCAGAAGAACUUCAUGAAAUCACAUUGCCAAAGUGCACAAAAAUACACCACCAAGCCAAAUUCACACCUUCCAUCCUUUUUGCUCACCAUUACUGUAGCAGCCACAAGGAAACGGGUUUUCAAGGAGGAGCAGGUUAGUGGACAGUUUUUAUUCUCACCUAAUGAGCUCUCUAAUCAACCUGGAUGAGAAUAAUCACUACAACAGGAUUUCGACCUCAUUGCUAUUUCCAAACUCCUAACAUGACAGUCUCCUGUGGACAUGUGUCAGGAUUCAGAAUUCUCUAAGAGGCAUGAAUGGGACAGCAAUUGAAAAUUUUGUCUGUGUCAUUUUUAAUGUUUCCUUCAUGAAUUGCACUUGGCAUGUGGGCAGGAAUGUUUCAGGAGAUACCCAGUAUUUUCUGCACUGGAAAACCUCAAGGAAAGAAGACUUCACAGAAUGCCAGAAUUACAUCAAAGAUAAUUAUGGAAGGCACACAGGAUGUAGAUUCCAAAACGUGACAAUAGAAAAUAAGGCAGCUUAUUUCCUGGUAAACGGUUCUAGAAAUAAACAAAACAUUCAGUCAUAUAAGAAGGUGAUUUUCCUGUACAAAAUUGAAAAACUCACCCCUCCAUCAAAUGUCACUGUGAACUGUACAGAAGCUUCUCAUGGUUGUGAAAUUCAGUGGCAACCACCUCGCACAAGUCAUGUGAAAAGACGUGAUUGUUUCAAAUAUGAAAUUGUCAUAGAAAGUAAGGCUGAUCCUGAGAAAAACAUCAGAAACACAUCUAGAACAGCAAGCAGCAUCACAGGAAACUCCUACAUAUUUGGGAGCUUCAGCACAGAAAAAAGGUACAGCGUCAAAAUCAGAGCAACUGACAAUGGUUGUUUAGUGAGCAACAGCUGGGGAGAGUGGAGUACACCUGUAGAGUUUGGAACAAGCCAACUUACAUCUGCUUCAUCAUAUAUGUUAUCUCUGAUAUCAGUGCUGCCAGUAGGCCUUGUACUUUUUCUCUGCUCAGUAAGAUCUUAUUUGAAAAAAGCAUCUGCUAUAAUACCACGGCCAAGAGACCCAUUCUAUGAGCUCUGCCCAAUAGAUUUCAAGACAGAAUAUAAGAAUCAGUCAAUAAUGCAUGAAACUGAAGAAACAAUAGUAAUUAUUGAAGAAGUGACAUAAAGGCAUGCAAGAGAAAGAAGCAACCUGAAUUCUUUCAAACAUGUAUACCUUCUUGAUAAAACACAGCACUGAACCAGCUACUUGAAGUAAAUUAACUCUAUCUACCCCAGCUUCAACAAGGACAGCAGCAAUUUAUAGGUUUCUCAUAUUUUUUCCCUCUUGCAAACAGAGAGAAUGACGUUUCUUGUAGAUGUAAUUCCCCAAGAACUUAUCUUUAAAAGCCUCUCUCUAUUUGACUGUAUUUUCCAUGAAUAAUUUUGGUUGUUUGGACUAUUUUUGUUUUUUUCUUAUGUCCAUGUUUCUGAUGGGGUAGAGUUAAUUUUCUCCCUAGUAGCUGGUGAAGUGUUGUGGUUUGGCUUUACUCUGACAACAAUGCUGAUAACACACUGAUGUUUUAGUUGUUGAUCAGUAGCACUUACCCUGAUCAAGGACUUUUCAAUCUCUCAUGCUCGGCCAGUGGGAAGGGGCAAGGGAAGCCAGGAGGAAGCAGAAACAGGACACCUCAUCCAAACUAGCCAAAGGGGUAUUCCAUACCACAGCACAUCAUGCCCAUUAUAUAAACUGGGGGGAGCCACCCAGAAGGCCCAGAUAGCUGCUCAGGUUGGGCUGGGUAUUGGUCAGCCACUGGUGAGCAAUUGUAUUGUGUGUCACUUCUGUUUAUUGGGCUUUUUUCCUUUCCCCUUUUAGUUUUAUAUUCUCUCCCUUUGUUAUUUCCCUUAUCAUUAUUAUCACUAUUAGUAGUAGUACAUUGGUGAUUAAACUGUUCUUAUCUCAACCCAUGGGGUUUACAUUAUUUCAAUUCUCCUUUAGAGAGGGAAAAGGUGGGGGGGGUGAGUGAGCAGCUGUGUGAUAUUUAGUUACUGACUGGGUUUAAACCAUGAUACCAUUUUUUGGCGCCCAACAUGGGGCUGGAACAGUUGAGAUAAAAACAGAUCUUUUAUUUGCUCUCAGAACUGGUCAAGCUUGAUCUCAGAUUUGCAUUAUCUAAUACCUUACUUUCAGUAUGCUUUCCCUCCAGUGAUAUUUAUCAUCCAUGGGACCUGGACUAAGGCUCUCACUUUGGUGUGCUUUAUAGUAAUGGCUUGUGAUACGAUAGAAUUGCUGGUUGUGAAACCAAUCUGGUAUGUGUAUUAAGCAUUGCCAUCACCUCUAUAUUUUUGGAGCCACCUAAUUGAAACUAUUAAUAAUUAUACCUUUUGCCUUUUCUCCUUGGAGGGCCAACAUGUGGAGGAGACCUCCUCCCAUAUCUUCCCCUUUGCCACCAGGCUAUUUACAGUAGCAUUUGAAAAUUUUAAAGCUUUUUAAUAUCCUUUGGAUACCACUGAAACACCACAUAGAUGCUCGUGUACCCAAGAGUUGGGCCACUGAGGAACACCAGAACAACCAACAGGUGGAUCAAGUUGCUAAGAUUGAAGUGGCUUAGAUGAACUUAGAUUGGCAACAUAAAGGUGAAUUAUUUUUAGCCUGAUAGGCCCAUGACAUUUCAGGCCAACAGAGCAGAGAUGCAACAUACAGAUGGGCCCGUGAUCGAGGGGUGGACUUAACAAUGGACACUAUUGCCCAGGUUAUUCAUGAGUGUGAAACAUGUGCUGCAAUUAAACAAGCCAAGCGGUUAAAGCCUCUUUGGUAUGGAGGACGAUGGCUGAAGUACAAAUAGGGGGAGGCCUGGCAGAUUGAUUAUAUCACACUCCCAUCAACCCACCAAGGCAAGCGCCAUGUGCUUACCAUGGUGGAAGCAACCACCGGGUGGCUGGAGACAUACGCUGUGCCCCAUGCCACUGCCCGGAACACCAUCCUGGGCCUUGAGAAACAGAUUUUGUGGCGACACGACACCCCAGAGAGAAUUGAGUCAGACAAUGGGACUCACUUCCGGAAUAACCUUACAGAUAUUUGGGCCAAAGAGCAUGGCAUUGAGUGGGUAUAUCACAUCCCCUACCACGCACCAGCCUCUGGGAAAAUCGAAAGGUACAAUGGGCUGUUAAAAACUAGACUGAGAGCAAUGGGUGGGGGAACUUUCAAACAUUGGGAUACACAUUUACCAAAGGCCACUUGGUUGGUCAACACCACCAGAGGAUCUGCCAACAGGGCUGGCCCACCACAGUCACAACUUUUACAUACUGUAGAGAGAGAUAAAGUUCCUGUGGUGCACAUAAAGAAUUUGCUGGGGAAAACACUCUGUGUGAUUUCUUCUUCAGCAAAGACAAAAUCACUCAUAGGAUUGCUUUUGCUCAGGGACCUGGAUACACCUGGAGGGAGGAUGUGGGAAGUACAGUUUGUAUCUCAAGGAGAUUUGAUUCUGGGUGAAAAUGGCCAGCCAAUUGAACUGUAUGAUGACGUAUAACAUUUGAUAUUAUCACUUCCAUGGCCGCUAUACACCCAUCACUGCGCUGAGCACCUCGUGGCACCCAUCUCCAUCGUUCCAGAUUUGCGAAUCUGAACCUGACACCCUUUUGAUCACCACAUUAACAAAGAAUGAACUUUGACAAAACUGGGGAAGGGCAGCUGUAAGGGAAUGGGAGUGAGCUUCAGCAUGCAACAACCCAACACCACACAUCAUUCAUCUUGUCUGUCCAGAGAGACUGUUACAACAGAUGGAGCCCCAAGUCAUGGUCUGAAUGAACUCAGCAAACAUUUGUAGAGAUGGUCCGUAGACUAGGGAAAUGAUAUCUGUGUGUAUAUAUAUCUAUCAAAAGACAGGAAAAGUGAUGGUGGGAAGUGUCAUACCUGUCAUGAUGUGAAUGAUAUUGAAUAAGGUAUGGAUACUGUCCAGGUUUUUCGUUAGUAUAGAGUCAAUUUUCUCCCUAGUAGCUGGUGCAGUGCUGUGUUUUGGCUUUAGUCUGAGAACAAUGAUGAUAAUGCACUGAUGUUUUAGUUGUUGCUAAGUAAUGCUUACCCUGACCAAGGACUUUUCAGUCUCUCAUGCUCUGCCAAAAAGGAGGGGCUCAAGAAGCCAGGAUGGAGCAGAGACAAGACACUUGACCCAAACUAGCCAAAGGGAUAUUCCAUACCACAGCACAUCAUGCCCAGUAUAUAAACUGGGGGUAGUCACCCAGAAGGGCAGAUCACUGUUAGUCUGGCUAUUGGUUGGCAGGUGAUGAGCAAUUGUAUUGUGCAUCACUUGUGUUCAUUGUUUUUUUUUUCCUUUCCUCUCUUAGUUUUAUAUACUCUCCUCUUGUUAUUUCCCUUAACAUUCUUAUUAUUAGUAAUAGUAGUAGUAGUAAUAUAUUGUACUUUAGUUAUUAAAUUGGUCUUAUCUCAA